AUGAAUCCAGGAGCACCUCAAAGUCCAGCCUGGUGGUGACUGAUAUUAACAGAUGAGCAUGGGGCUGGCAGCAAUGGGGCCUGGAGCUUUGGGGCACAGGGACAGGGCUGAGAGAGUGCCACGCUCAGCACCAGACUCUGGGGUCAGCCUGCACAUCUAUGACAUCACAGUCGUGGUUAUCUACUUUGUCUUCGUCAUCAUUGUGGGCAUCUGGUCGUCCAUUCGUGCAAGCCGAGGGACCAUUGGAGGCUAUUUCCUGGCAGGGAGGUCCAUGAGCUGGUGGCCAAUUGGAGCUUCUCUGAUGUCCAGCAAUGUGGGCAGCGGCUUGUUUAUUGGCCUGGCUGGGACGGGGGCUGCUGGAGGCCUUGCUGUGGGUGGCUUCGAGUGGAACGCAACCUGGCUGCUCCUGGCCCUUGGCUGGAUUUUCGUCCCUGUAUACAUCGCAGCUGGUGUGGUCACAAUGCCGCAGUACCUGAAGAAGCGAUUUGGGGGACAGAGGAUCCAGGUGUACAUGUCUGUCCUGUCUCUCAUCCUCUACAUCUUCACCAAGAUAUCGACUGACAUCUUCUCUGGAGCACUCUUCAUCCAGAUGGCCUUGGGCUGGAACCUUUAUCUUUCCACAGUGAUCCUGCUGGUGGUGACGGCUGUCUACACCAUUGCAGGUGGCCUCACAGCAGUGAUCUACACAGAUGCUCUGCAGACGGUGAUCAUGGUGGGAGGAGCCCUGGUCCUCAUGUUCCUGGGGUUUCAGAAGGUGGGCUGGUACCCAGGCCUGGAGCAGCUAUACAGGCAGGCUAUCCCUAAUGUCACAGUCCCCAACACCACCUGUCACUUCCCACAGCCCGAAGCCUUCCACCUGCUCCGGGACCCUGUGAGUGGGGACAUCCCAUGGCCAGGCCUCAUUUUCGGGCUUACGGUGCUGGCCACCUGGUGCUGGUGCACAGAUCAGGUCAUCGUGCAAAGGUCUCUCUCUGCCAAGAGUCUGUCCCAUGCCAAGGGAGGCUCUGUGCUGGGGGGCUACCUGAAGAUCCUCCCCAUGUUCUUCAUUGUCAUGCCUGGCAUGAUCAGCCGGGCCCUGUACCCAGAUGAGGUAGGCUGCGUGGACCCUGACAUCUGCCAGAGGAUCUGUGGGGCCCGAGUGGGAUGCUCCAACAUCGCCUACCCCAAGCUGGUCAUGGCUCUCAUGCCCACUGGUCUGCGGGGCCUGAUGAUCGCCGUGAUCAUGGCUGCCCUCAUGAGCUCACUCACCUCCAUCUUCAACAGUAGCAGCACCCUGUUUGCCAUUGACAUCUGGCAGCGCUUCCGCAGGAAGGCCACAGAGCAGGAGCUGAUGGUGGUGGGCAGAGUAUUUGUGGUGUUCCUGGUCGUCGUCAGCAUCCUCUGGAUCCCCAUCAUCCAAAGCUCUAACAGUGGGCAGCUCUUUGACUACAUCCAGUCUGUCACCAGCUACCUGGCCCCACCCAUCACCGCCCUCUUCCUACUGGCCAUCUUCUGCAAGAGGGUCACAGAACCUGGAGCCUUCUGGGGCCUCAUGUUUGGCCUGGGAGUGGGGCUUCUGCGCAUGAUCCUGGAGUUCUCCUACCCAGCCCCAGCCUGUGGGGAGGUGGACCAGAGGCCGGCUGUGCUCAAGGACUUCCACUACCUCUACUUCGCCCUCCUCCUCUGUGGGCUCACUGCCAUCGUCAUCAUCACUGUCAGCUUCUGUACAACUCCCAUCCCUGAGGAAAAGCUGGCUCGCCUGACGUGGUGGACGCGACACUGCCCCCACCCUGAGCUGGAGAAGGAGGCCCGUGAGAGCAGCCCAGAGAUGUCACAGAGGCCAUCCAGGGAGGACCCUGAAGGAGGUGGAGUGUUGGCGAACUCCAGCCAGGACCAGGAGCAGCCUGGAGCCCCACACAGGUCCUGGGGGAAGCUGCUCUGGGGCUGGUUCUGUGGGCUCUCUGGGGCCCCGGAGCAGGCUCUGAGCCGGGCGGAGAAGGCUGCGUUGGAGCAGAAGCUGACCAGCAUCGAGGAGGAGCCGCUCUGGAGAAGUGUCUGCAACAUCAAUGCCGUCCUCUUGCUGACCAUCAAUGUCUUCCUCUGGGGCUAUUUUGCAUGACACCAGAACCUGGCUUGGCCUGGCUUCAGCAAAGACACAUUAAACACAGCCCAAGCC